UGGUGCUGGCUGCGUAUCUGUUUUGAAACAUAAUAUUUCGUAUUUGAAAAGAAAUAUUUUUAUUUACGAUUAAUAAUAUUAUUAUUAACACUUCGUUAAUAUUCUUCCACCAUUUUUCGUGUGUCCUUUGAAUCAUUACUAAAAUGCCAAAAGGAAAGAGCAAAAAAUUUAUCGAUAAAAAGAAUUCGGUAACAUUUCAUCUGGUCCAUCGCUCGCAGCAAGAUCCGCUAGCAGCGGAUGAAACAGCACCACAGAGAGUGCUCGUACCCGUCGGUGAUGCUCAGCAGCACAAGCAAGAAAAGAAACCGGUGGAUCUGAAAAAACGCAAAGAAGAACAACAAAAAUAUGGAAUAUUUUUUGAUGACGAAUACGAUUAUUUACAACAUCUCAAGGAUGUCAAAUCUCUACCUGUUGAAUGGGAAAGAGUUGAGAAUGCCAAUCACAAGGAGAAAGAGAAAGAUGUUUCUAAAAUUAAUCUUCCCUCGUCCGUGUUUGCAUCUGAAGUCGAGGAACCAGUGGGAUUGCUGAACAAAGCAGCUCCUGUCUCUGGACCAAGAUUGGAUUAUGAUCCGGAUAUUGUCGCGGCUAUGGAUGAUGACUUUGAUUAUGACAAUCCCGAUAAUAUGCUUGAGGACAAUUUUUUCGAAUUAGCAAACGCCAGAGAUGCUUCCUUCGAUGAGGAAGAUGAAUACGAUUCCGAAUUGGACGAGGAAGAUGACGCAUCUGAUGUUUCUUCAGGAAACAUGGCCCUCUCGGAUGAAGAGAGAGACGAAGUCUGCAGUUUAAAUGGACCUCAGUACUCUUUCAGAGACGAGGAAACAAAAUCACGUUUUACAGAAUAUUCCAUGAGCAGUAGCGUAAUAAGGAGAAAUGAGCAACUGACGCUUUUAGAUGACAAAUUUGAAAGGUUGUACGCUGGGUAUGAUGAAAACGAAAUUGGAUCUCUCGAUUGUGAGGAUAUUGAGGGUUACGUUGCACCAGAUUCAGAAAUAAUGUUACAGUACGCACAAGAGUUCGAGAAUCAGCAAAAAGAGGCGACUGAAAACGUAGCAAAACUGAUGAAAGAUAGAUUGAAAAUAAUUGAAAGAGAAGAACAGAGUUCCGAUGACGAGGAUAAACUGGAAGAGCUCACCGUUGACCCACGGGAAAGAGAAAAAUGGGAUUGCGAAAGCGUAUUGAGCACGUACAGCAAUAUUUAUAACCAUCCAAAGAUUAUACCCGAACCAAAGGGUCUCGGAAAGAUAAGAAUAAAUCCCCGGACUGGAAUACCUCGCGACGUACUCAACAAUCAGCCAGGAAAGUUGACUGCCAAGAGUUUAGCCCAAUUAGACCGGCAGAACGAUCUUGCCAAGCCUCAAGGUGCACAGUCGAUAGCAGAAACGAUGAAGUCUACUUUGAGCGUUUUGAGCGUAAGGCCAAAGGAUGAAACACCAGACGAACGAAAAGAAAGGAAAAAAGCACUGAAAAAUUAUAGAAAAGAAAGAAGGCUCGAACGUAAAGCUAAUAUCCAAGCCUUCAAGGAAGAAAAGAAGAGACAGGAAAAAAUUAUAUUGAAUAAUGCACAAAACAUUCAGGGCAACCGUCUUUUAUAAAACUAGAGAGUAUAUUAAUUUAUCAUCGAAUUACCCAUACAGUUAUUCCUCCACAUUUGUGUAAAGAAAAUGAUUACUAUACAUAAAUUGUCAAUAUUCUAUUA